AUGGAUCUCCUAGAAGACGGUGACGAAAACUUCCCUAUGCCACAUGCGAUUAUGGAAAACAUCGCACACGUCCCCGCAAAUCAUGCCGACCAGUGUCUCACUCUCCAUGAAGUAAGAGCUAUAGUGAACAUGAUGCUCAUUCGGACAUCCCACAGGCCCUUCCGGAAAUAUCCUAUCCACCCAUUAUUGGUUCUCUCCUAUAUGGGCGAACAGCACGGAAGGAUCAUUCAAGUUUCAUUUGAUGGAGAAAGUUUGAUUCUACAGUAUUCUCAACUGUGGAGCUUCGAGGACGACGAUACAGCACCGGUGGAGCUCUUCCUUCGCUACAAUAUAAGCCAGCUAGUUGGGCUGGAGAGACCGUACGGAUGUGUCCGAUCACUUGCGAAAUCGGUUGCAUCAAUGAACUUAAAUAAAUAA